AUGGAUCAAAUUGAACCCAGUGUAUAUGCUAGACAAAAAAGUAAUGUCCAAUUAUUAGCAAUGCAAUCAAUUAGCAUUAUAAAAUCGUAUAGCAAAUCAUACGAUCUGAUUGUUGACUUAGGCUGCGGUGAUGGUGAUGUUACGAAAAAUUUUUUAGCCAAACAUAUCCCGCAUAAACGGAUUGUGGCCAUCGAUUGUUUACCCGAAAUGUUAGACUAUGCCCGCACUAAUAAUCCGGACUCUAGUAUUGAUUAUCAAUUGCAAGAUAUGGGUAGAAAAUGGCCGGAUAUGAGUCCCCGGGUUAGGCAAUUGGACUGCAAAGUGGAUCUAAUAUUUGCUAAUCUAUCGUUUGGUUAUAUUCCGGAUAAACGUCAACUGAUGGACACUAUUGGCCACUUGUUGUCUACGGGCGGUAUGAUUCAUGCAAAUAUUGAACUCAAAGAAGAUAUUAACAAACGUUUGGCCAGUUAUGGUUGGCCUAUGAAAAAACAAUGGUAUGAAUCGCCCGAAAAACAAGCCGACAAUUGGCGUCAAUGUCUACAAUCAAUGGAUAAUCAGUUACUGAUUAAACAGUUCGAGACUAUAGAUGUCUGUUGGACUACGGAUAGACAGAAAAUGAUUGACUUUAUGCCAAUACUGAUAUCAAAGUUUAGAAAGUUUUUCAACGAUCCUAAAGAUUUCGAUAGCGAACUAAACGAUCACUUAUGGGAUACGGCUUUCGAUGCAAUGGUCAACCCGUUAGCUAUUGGCGGCCCGAAUCCCAGGGCUUGGCAACAGUUUUUGGCCGAUCCUAACGUUAAGGAAGUCAAACGUUAUCAUCAAUUGCUGAGAAUUACUGCUAUUAAACAAUAA